UACCUCAUUGACGUUUUGUAUUAUUUACUUAUUUUCAAUUUGACUGUUUGACGUACUUUAAUUAAAAUUAUUGAUAUUUUUUUACCAACUUCUGUUGAUAUAUAGAAUGUUGUGUCAGUCGUAAUACUUUGAAUAAUAAUGUCUUUACUUGUCCUACAGGCACACACGAUAACUCAAAGAAAGAGUUUGAAAUUAAAGGGUACAAAAACAUCGGUGACUAAAAAUCAAAUACUCGUUUCGUCAGGAAUUAUAUCUUUGGACGCCGUCUUAGAUGGCGGUAUUCCAUUAGGCACUAUUAUUUUUGUCGAAGAAGAAGGGCAUGGUCGAAAUGCAGAUCUAAUUUUAAAACAUUUCAUCGCCGAGGGAGUUGCCUGUGAUCAUUCGGUUUUACUAGCUAGCAUUGAAUUAUCACCCGAACAAAUUAUGAAGGAUCUACCUAAGCCAGUUCAAGAAGACAGUGAUUAUAAAUUUGAUGCUAACGAAGACUUGAAGAUUGCUUGGCGUUAUAAGCAAAAUCCCAUAAUUGAUUCUAAACCAUAUCAAACGUCUUCAUCUUUUGGUCAUAUCUUUGACAUGUCUAUUAAAGUUCCUAUUGAUGAAUUGGAAAAUAUAAAAUGUUGGCCAAAUAAAAACUCAUCUCAAAACAGUUACUCUGCGUUAUUGGAACAUAUAAACGAAAUUAUAACAAAAGGCGGCUUCAGUAUUAAAAUACCCGUGGAAAAGAGAAAUAUUUUAAGAAUUACUAUUAAUCAUUUAUGCUCUCCAUUGUGGGAUACCACUGACAUGGAUGUUAUUACAUUUGUAUACAAACUACGAAUGCUCUUACGAUCUUCAUACGCUACAUGUCUUAUUACCACUAAAAUUCAAAUUAUUGAUAACGAUUGA